ACAUCUAUCCGGAAAUCUGGAUUUUAACACUUAGCCAACCGAGCGCACCACAGCGAGCUACACGUUUCUACCGCGCUCGAACAAGCCAACCUAUACGCUGUCCAUCGCGCAUUUUUCCAAGUAUCGAGGACUAAUAUUCACUACUUAAAAACAAAGAAAUCUAAAAAUUAUUUAAGUAGCUAACUAUAUUUUGCGGUAAUAAUUUUAUUUAACGAUUUCAUAUACUGUUUAUACAAAACAUCAAAUUAAAAAUAUAUAUUAAAAGUAUAAAAAAAUGUAGGUAAAAUUAAAAACAUUAAAGAUGACUAUAGAUAAAUAACACGACUUGAACGUGAAAUUAAAGAUUCAUAAUGCAUUUUAAUAUUUUUUUAUAGUGUGAUAUCAUUCGAUUAUAACUUUAUUUAGUCAUAACUGAUAGUGUAACUUUUUAAUUAAUUUUAACACCAUUAAAUUGGUAUAUUUUAUUAUAUACUGUACUUUAUAAAAGCAGAAAAAGUGGUGCAAUUAAUUGGGAACAAUUCCAGGUAAACAAUAACUAAUAAUAACAACAACAAAAAAGAAAACGCAUUGCUAAAAUCAAAAAGGGAGAACACAGCAAUGUUCUUCACAGAGAGGAGAUCUUCACGUUCGGUUGGCUGUGUUAAUUUGCCGUUUUAUGUUAAAUAUAUCGUGUAACAAUCAAAUCAUUUCUCAAGUGUGUUACAGCUGUUUCGACGAUAGUCACGUGCUUUUCUAAAAUCACGCAAUAGAUAUAACAGUCCUAAUUUGUCAUAUAAUACAUAAUACUUAUUAUAAAACCAACUAGACACUCUUCAUCUUUAAUUUUGCUUUGAUAGCAUUGUUAUACAAUUUUGCGUUCAGUCAAUCGAAUCUAGAUAUUAUACAAGUAAACUACAUUUUUCUAUCUAUAUAUUCAUUCUGAUAUUUCUGUAAUAUAAUAUUUAAUAAAGAUAGCGUAUUUUUAGAUUAAAAUAUUCACUAAUUUCUUUUGAUCAAUAAAAAGUUUGUAGUUGCAUAACGUAUGUAGAAAUCAUUUCGUUUCAUUGUCGACGACAUAUCUACUGAUCUGUCAAAACAACAAAUCAGCUGGAUGGAUUUAAUGGCAUAUGUGCCCCACUUUGCGGAAGCGCCGAGUGUGGAGCGUGCUCCGGUUAUUCAACAUAUCUGCGAGCAACCGCAAGAAGAAGAUGAAAUAAAGAAUAUUAUAAAAGGAAACCGGAUUUGGAAUAAAUUGAAUCGUUGGUUUUUAAAACUACGUAUUUUAUCUAGGAGACAUCCCUUGACUCGCUGGUGCCUUAAAAGUACAACCGCAGUGAAUUAUGAGAUUUCAAGACACCUAAAAUCACAUCGUUACAUGAUACAUCCUUUUAGUUUAUUCAGGAUUGUUUGGGAAUCGUUAAUGAUUGUAUUUACAUUUGUGGCUCUUUUGGUUACUCCAGUGUCCAUCACGUUUUUCUUUGGCAGACAUACUAACUGGCACGUGAUUAACGACACGAUGAAUAUAGUGUUUCUCUGCGAUAUUAUAAUGUGGUUCUUUACUGGAUACUAUGAUUAUCGAACGAAAGUCACUGUCCUUGACCCUGUGAUAGUAGCGCGAAAAUACUUGCAGAGCUAUUUCUUCAUAGACAUCUUGACCGUGUUACCUAUAGGACUCAUUGAUUAUAUUAUACCUAACUCGAUGUGGUAUUGUACUACAUUAAACAUGAUGAAGAUAUUGAGAGUCCGCAAUAUCAUCGUUUAUUUUAGUAGAGUUCGCGAUGUGUAUAGAAUAAGUUUUCAGUUGCAUAAAAUUCUAGAGUCGUGCACGGUCGUGAUAAUAUGCAUUCAUUGGGCUGCUUGUCUACAAUAUUAUGUCCCCAUAUCUGUAGAUACGUUAGGCACUUUAAGCAACAACUCUUGGAUCAAGUCAUCACAUUUUGUAAUUAAACAAACGAAAGUACAAAAAUACCUCGUGUGCCUGCAUCGUUCGAUUGUCGCUUGUGCUCGCUCUGCUCACUAUUUGGAUAUGAAAACGCAAGAAGAUAUUAUACUAAACUUGAUCCUAACGAUCAUCGGAUUCCUUGGUAACGUAUUUUUAUUAACGCAAUUCUCUCAACUAAUGACAACGAUCAAUAUAACUAUCAAACGUCACCUGAAAAUAAUACAGCAGUUACAGGAGUACAUGCGAUACAAGGAGCUUCCACAUGCCCUACAACGUCGGCUAUUAACUUUCUACCAUUACCGCAACAGAAAGAGCUUCGAAAGGAACAAGAAAAUAAUAAAUGAAGUUUCGCCAUAUUUACGAGAGGAACUUAUACUGCAUAAUUAUUUGAGACUGAUUAAUAGCGUAGAAUUAUUCAAGCAUUUACCGGAAACUGUAAUCGUACAGUUAACGAGUUCAUUACACUCCGAGAUCUAUAUGGCUGGCGAUGAAAUCGUCAAAGCUGGUACCCGUGGUGAAGCUUUGUAUUUCAUUUCAUCCGGUACCGUAGCAGUUUACACUGUCGUGGGAAAAGAAGUUUGUCACUUGGAAGACGGAAGUUAUUUCGGAGAGAUCGCUCUGGUGAUGGACACCGAGCAUAGAAUAGCAACCAUAGUUGCGGUGGAAACUUGUGAAAUCUUUGUAUUAUAUCGCCACGACUUUCAGAGAUUCAUAUCACCGUAUCCUGAUCUCUUGAACCGGCUGCAAAAUGUUGCUCUUGAACACUUAAACGAAAGCCUUCUUCUGGACUCCACGCAGGAUUUAGGAAUUUCUACCACGCCGCAAUAUAUUAAUAUAAGUAGUAUAAAAAGCAGAAGAAUAUAG